UCGCGCCCUCCCAGCUCUGUCCGCUCGCCCGCUCAGUCAGUCAGUCACACAGACAGCCCUGAGGAGGGAGGAAGAGAAGACGGAGGAGCCGCCGCAGGAGCAGCAGGAGGAGCGGGCGGGAUUAUUAUGGGCUGUGGGUGCUGCCGCUGCUGCCGCUGCUGCUGAGGCUGAGCAAAGAUGGAGCUGUCUGCAGUGGGCGAGCGAGUCUUCGCGGCCGAAUCCAUCAUCAAGCGGCGCAUCCGAAAGGGACGCAUCGAAUACCUGGUGAAAUGGAAAGGCUGGGCGAUCAAGUACAGUACUUGGGAACCUGAAGAGAACAUCCUCGAUUCCCGUCUGAUUGCAGCUUUUGAGCAAAAGGAACGUGAGCGUGAACUGUAUGGGCCCAAGAAGAGAGGACCCAAGCCUAAAACUUUUCUGCUGAAGGCUCGGGCCCAGGCGGAGGCCCUACACAUUGGGGACGUACACUUUUCUGUCAAGCCUGGUUCUAGUACAUCCUCACCCAAACUGCACUCCAGUGCUGCAGUACAUCGGCUCAAGAAGGACAUUCGGAGAUGUCACCGUAUGUCCCGGCGCCCUUUGCCCCGCCCAGACCCCCAGAAUAGUGGGGGAGUGGGUGGGGCCACUGGCAUCCGCCCUCCUGUCUCUCCUUUCUCGGAGACCGUCCGCAUCAUCAAUCGCAAGGUGAAGCCUCGUGAGCCCAAACGCAGCCGCAUCAUUCUCAAUUUGAAGGUUAUUGAUAAGGGUGGGAAAGCUGCUGGUGGGGGAGGAGGCUUGGCUCGACCCAAGAUCCCUUCACGAAACCGUGUCAUCGGCAAGAGCAAGAAGUUCAGCGAGAGCAUGCUUCGCAACCAGAUCCGCCACAUGAAAUUUGGAAGCUUCCCUCUGUACAGCAAGCCAUCUGCUCCAGCCCCAUCUCUCGAGGGGAAGACGGAGGCAGGAAGCUCUCAAGGUGCCUCUUGUGGGCUCAUGGGCUCUACCGCUUAUGAUGCUCGCAGUUCCAGCUCCUCUGACUGCCCUUCACCAGCUCCGCAUUCCUCAUCUGAUCCAGAUGAUUCUCCACCAAAGCUGCUUCCUGAGACGCUAAGCCCUGCCAUUCCUGACUGGCGCGAGUCAGAGGUCCUUGAUCUAUCAAUUCCACCGGAGUCAGCAGCCACCAGCAAACAGUCUCCUUCCGGAGGUGGUGGAGGGAGUCACAUGCCCUCAUCCCCCUCCUCAUCUGAUCCGGAGCAGGAGGCUGGUGAUUGGCGCCCUGAAAUGUCCCCUUGCUCUAAUGUGGUGGUCACUGAUGUCACCAGCAACCUCCUGACAGUCACCAUCAAGGAAUUCUGCAAUGCCGAGGAUUUUGAGAAGGUGGCUGCUGCUGGAGGAGGAGGAGGUGGUGGUGGUGGCAGCAAGUGAGAGGCUGCAUUCCUUUUUCAGCGGGUUGGGGGGAAUGGGACAGGGAGGCUCGGCUGCAAAGUCAUGCAUGGUGUGAAUGUCUAAUUUCUCCUCUACUUCUUCUUGUCCAUUCUUUCUCUUUUUUUGCUUGGAAAUUGAGAUGGUAGUGGAGAAAUUGGAAUGGCUCUUUUGAGGUUCCGUAAUGAAACAGCUGCUAGGGUGAUGGUGGGAUAUGACAGUUUCCCUUUUGGUCUUAAAGGGUUACAACAUAUUGAAAUGGAACUUGGAAAAUAGGAACUUGGAUGGAUGGGGUAUGUUAGGAGGAAAAUAUUUUCCACUCUGUUGAAUGGAACGAGAGAAAUCCUUCAGCCAAACACACAAAUGGGGUCUGUACUCCUUGUUUUCCUCCUUUCUACAGUUUGACCCCUGUUACCUUUCUCGCUCAUCUGUAACCUUCGUAAAAUCUUGCUGGCUGAGCUGUGGAGGGAGAAGGAGGUUUGUUGGGAAGGGGAAGUGAGGAAGUAGAUGGUUGUGGUUGGGCUGGGAUGGCUGCAACACUUAAAGAGAUGUGCAUAUCCUCACUGUGGAUGUGCCAAUGGGCUCUUCCACCUUGCAUAUAUAGAGGUGCUAACUUGGUAAUUGUGGUGGCACUUUGAUACAGCCUGGGCAUUCUCCUCCUCUUGCAGCACUCUGUCGAUCCUGAUUCUGGUACAGCUUGUACACUUUAAUUUUUCAAACCAGAGUUUCUUCAGCUUUAUUGAUCUACCAGUGUUGGCCCAGACCUUCUUCCGCUGUUCCUUCUGCCUCCCUAUUUCUGUGGCGUGUGGAUCCCCUUAUUGUAACCUGCUAAUGAUGGGGAGGUAGAAAUGUUGUGCAGUGAUGCAGGCUCAGUAAGAUGAGAUCUAGUCUUAUUUUAUAUUGACUAACUUAAUUUCAUUGUCCUUGCAGUGGGACAGGCAAAAAGAAUCUCUUUCCCAUCAACAUUUCUCUGCAGGAGUGCUAGAUAGAAGCACAUUCAUAUCUGCAGUUCCCAGGUUCUCAAAUGCCUCUACAAUUGCCAACCAAAGGUGCUAAGAACCUAUUGUAAAAUCUUACUCUAUCUCUUGGAUCUUGGCUCUGUGUGUGUGCGUGUGCGUGCAGUGUAUGUUAGCCUCUCCUUUCCAUCCGCUUCACCGCCUGGUGGAAAUUUAACACCCUGUCUCAAAAGCAGGUAAUAACAUGGCUGCUUUUGCUCUCUCCCUAUCAUCAUUCAUAGGUGUUAAUAACUGUAAACUCAUAUAUUAGUGUCCAAGAUUCCACUGCAGAUGUAAAAUCAUUUCUGCAGACAUUUAUGAUCUAUCUGUCAUCUCACGAUGUUCCAGUCUUGUUGGAAACCUGCCUUCCCAUCCCAUGUGCUUCUGUGCUGUUAGUGGUUUGUGUGAGUGAGUGUGUGUGUAAACUAUUGCCUGUUUUGUUGUUUGUAAGCUUUGUUACACUGUGGGCAGAAGUUGUGUGAGUGUGUGUGAGAAAGAAGAAUAACUCCUAAGGGCUUGUCUGCAUGUUAUGCUGUCCCUGAGGCUAAAUUCAUUUUCUUAUUGGCAUCUCUAUCCUAUGUUCUUGUUUGAACUUUAUUCCUUUCAAGGGCUUGCUUAAUAUGUGGUGAUUUAUUUUAAUUUUACUUUUUUACAUUGAGUUAAUUAUUUAUCAAUACAGUAUAAAGGCUGGUGCUGCAAAAUAUUGUAGCUCAUGCUCUUUGAUCUGUGGAUAGACAGGUUUAUUCCUUAAAAAAAUAAGUGGUGCAGUGACAGUUGUGUCUUGCAUCACAAAGACAUUCUCCCCUUUAAAAGCUGCCCCACCUUUUCUCAUUGACUCUGCAAAGUUCUGUUUGAUUAUAUCUGCGCUUUAAAAGAAUCCAGAACUUUGCUAUGAACAGGAUUUAGAGGUGAUGUGAUGAAAUUGUAUCCAAUAUUUCAAAUGUGAGUGUCCAUACAUGGAGAUGCCUACCAAAAGCAAAAUGUGUAAUGUUACAAAUGUGAAUGUCUGUGACAGCUUGAGUGUAGUCUGUACCUAAGAUGUAUGAUUCAGUAUGUUGUUAUUCCUUUGCCCUACCAUGCAACACUUUUUGUGUCUUUUUUAACUAUUUCAGAACCAGUGAAAUCUAUAGGAUGUGCAGGGUUAAUUGCCUACACACUUCUGUUAAUUUUCAAGUCCAAGGCUUUCUGUAAUUCCACAAGUGCAUGCAUUGGAAUAGCUGCUUGUUGUUUUUCCUAGAUUCAGUGAGACAGGCUGUAUUGUUGCUUUGCCUCAGAGUUGGGAGGCUUUUUCAUGGGAGUUUAUUUUAAUGGCUGUAGCUUCAAAGGUGGGUGGGCUGGGCUGGGAGGAGGGCACAGAUGUAUAAUGGGGAAAUGAGCAGGGAAACUUGUAUUAAAGAGAAUACUUUAAAGGAGAAAAAAUAGAGGAAUUAUUUUAUGAAGCUGCAAAAGAAGAACUAUUAUACUGGGUUGUGUGCAUACUAGUCAAUCGUAUUUUAAGAUUGUUCAGUAUGUUUGGCUCUUUUUGUUUUGAAGUUUGACUGGUAUUUGGAGAAGUAGAUGGGCAAUAUAAAAGGGAAUUUUAAUAGGAAACUCUUCCAAUAUUUUAGCACAUGUUCUCUUGGCGUAUUUUCCAUUACCCCCACCACCCUUCGGAGGCUCUUGUCACUUUGGUUCUGUGUUUGUGCCAUUGCUUUUGCCUUCCCUUGAGAUGAUGUACAAGGCUUCAGUCCUUUAGAGGCAUAACAUAUAAGGAGGCUCCAAGAGGAUCAGGCUGAUUUUUUCCCUUCCUGUUCCUGUUGGGAAGAGGAUGGGUCAAGGAAGGCACUAGCAAUCAAGAGAUCAGUACUAGAAACAGUUUGGGCUGGGGGUUAGGGUGGGGCUAUUUCACUUGGUAUGGUAAGGACAGUUUCCCAUUUUACCUUUGUUACCACUUUAACAUUAGGUGAGGGGAGAUGCACUUUGGGGAGGGGGGGGGGGAGAUGCACUAAACAUAUACCCAGGAGGUGCAGCUGGCUGAGGCUGCUGGGCAUGUGUUUACUAUGUAUCUUCAGACAUGCUGCUCCUUUCACCUGCUAGUAUUCACAGUAUUUGCCUGGUAGAUAAGUAAGGAAUGCAUCUUUCCUAUGACACGUGAAGCAGGCUUGUCUCUCUGGGUCUCUCUGUGACUCAGUUCAUGAGCAGUUAUUGCUUGAAGUCUACAGACUCUUCCAGGCUGCAGCUCCUCCAAAGCCAUAAUGCCAGCAUAGGAAGUGCCUCAAGGAAAUUGUGCUUGGUGAUACCAGGAGUUUGGUGCAACCGUAUCUGAUUAGAUGCCAGCAUUACUGAUCCUUCCAGUCUGUGUGGGCUAGUAGACAUGAAAGGACGACCAGCACACCCUCCGUGUGGCUUGCAACUGCCAUGUGCUGAUUCAGUCAUGCCUGGCACUUUCAGAUGCUUAUCUUGAAGCAUCCUGAAGGCUUUUUCCCACGGAGGAAAAAAAGCUAAUAGCAAACUUUUCCGUUUCCUAACCUUGGCAUGUUGAUAAUGUGGAGUCAGCUCAAGGGAGUAGAAGUCCAGUGCUAGUUGGUCACUGAAUUAUUGGUGUGUGUGGUGGAGGGCUGUCUCCCUAUAGCCAGCUGGCUACAUGGAAAUGCACUGGUAAGAGAUGUGGGCUGGAAUGAAUAUAGUCCACAAGAGAUGUGGAAGAAUUCAGGUUUGCAUAGCACCAGGAGCUGCUCUGAUACAAAGACAAAUCUGCUAUCCUGGCUGUGACUUUGACGAGUUCUUUGGUAUUAACAGGCAGCCAUCCCCACCCCCACAUACUUUCCCUUACAGGUUCUUUGCUGCCAAGAUUGUACCAACCAGGCAGUCCACUUGCUUCCUGGAGGCUUGAAUGUUCUCCCUUGGAACGGAAUCAUCUCUGUUGAGAGGAGAAGGUUCGAUGUGUGCAACCUGUGGAAUGUAGGGCUGUUGUUUUUUCAAGGUGACAAAGUCUUACCAACUUUUUCACGCCCCAGUUUGGCGCACAGCCUCCAAGAGCCAAUUGAGUUGCUGGUUGGUUCCUGUUAAAAGCAGUGACUAGCCUGGUUCCCUUACUCAAAGUAGCCACUAGAGGGUGACAAAGAAUUACUGCUAUUACUCAGUGAUUUGGCUACUGAUUGAUUUUGCCUUGCAUUUUUGUGAAUUUUUUCUUCACAGUAACAGGAUAAGACACAACCUGCAAACUCUUUCCAUUCAAAGAUGGUAUGUAAACUAGGAAAACCAGGAGAAUGUUCUUUGUGACUGUGCCAUGUUUGUUGUUCUUUUUGUUCUUAGAGGAGAGUUUGAUGGAAGGGGGGUGGGGAGGGAGAGAGAGAAAAAAAGAAAAGACUAGUUUUACAAAGUAAGAGGUUUUUUUAAAAAAAGGUAAUGAGAUUUUUACUGAUGGAGGAUAGAGAAUUUAAAAUAUAAAUGCAGUGAUUGCACAAACUGUAGUGAUUUUAGCUGGUCCUUAAAGAAGAAACGUAUUUUUUAGUAUUUGUGUGUGGUAGGGAGAGUGUUCAGAUCAUUCAAAAUGGGCAAGGGAAGAGCAAAGGAGAGCAGCAGUUAUUGAUCUAAGGAGCAAAGUCUGUAUCUUAGAAAAACAUAUUUUCCUUCUUCUACCUUUAAUAUUGGGAUGGACAAAGUCAGGGGGUGGGAGAAAUACUGCCUUCCUUCAAGGAUAUGAUAGAGCCAGAGUUGGGCCUCAUUCUGACAAAGUUGUUCAUGUAGAGGGUACAGGACAUCUUAUUUUUAACAGCAAAUUCAAGACUCCAGACUUCAAGAUUAUUUGCAGAGAUGAUGAGCAAAAUUGAGUGGGAUGUUGUAACUUCGGGUUGUUCAGCAAAAAAUAGUAUCCUAAACAUUUGUGGAGCAAACCCCCCCCCCCACACACACACAGAAGCUGGGAAAUGUUGCUUCUUGUUCAUUGGCAGAUAGCUUUAAUGCAUACUGGGGUUGGUAUUAAUGAAAUACAAAAACUAAAUUAAUUUGACUUUCUUCAAAUCUGUUUGACGAGCAGCUUUCAGUGUAUCAAGUCAUUCUAGAAAACAGUAAACAGAGAUGUGACUUAAGCAGUUUUGACUGCUUUCCUUCCAGGACAUGAAAUAAAAUGCAAAAGGAAGGUGAAAAGACUGAGAGAGACCAUUCAGACCAAGUGUGUGAUUAAGGUUUUAGAGGAAGAGGCUCUAUGAAAGGUGACAGCUCAUGGAAAAUAGGGCGAUGAGGCUUCUUAUUACAAUGUGGCAGUUGCCCAUAAACCUACCUGUGAAGUGAUCGUUGGUACCAAAGGGGUUGACAUUCUUCCUCUGGGUCCAAACAAGGUAUGCACAAGUAUUAGUAUGCACAAUUAGUAGCAGAAAUGGAGACAGAGCUCACACAUCCCCUGGCAGUGGCUUGUAGCAUCUAGGUAAUAGCCACAUUCCUUUUUGAGGACAAUGGUUAUGAAUACCUUGUUGAAGUACACCAGCAUCUAUGGGAAAGGCUGAGGUUAUCACCCAAGAUGCUUGUUUUCCCAAGGGAGUGCCAGUGCCAGAAGGUGACACCUUGCAUAUUUUCUGCAUCAGUUUUUGGACAGCAGAGGCACAAUCUGUUCGUAGGACACGCACUGGGACAAGAGGAGUGAAGCACGGCAAAAGUAUUUUUAGUAGAGCAAGGUUAUGUUCUGCUUCACUGUAAGCAGUGUUUAGUGUCUGUGGAAUUAGUCUUGUUUCUCUUGCAUGCAGAAUAGUGUCUUUGCUUUCAUGCUGUUCUUUCUUGUAACCCACAGGAAAGCAAAGUUGAAAAGGAAGCUUGAGAUCUCUUUAUAAUGUGUGGGGUAGGGUGGGGGUAUUAAGUGAAUCUCUAAGCUUAAUUUUUCCCAUAAAUGUGUCUUGGCCUCAUUGUGCAGUGAACUGGGCUGAUCUGUUCACUUUGGGGGAAGUUCACUUUGAACCUCACCAGUUGAACUGUGAUAGCAUUCCUCAGUGGUACUUCAGUCCUGUUAUUGAUAGCAGGUUCUGCCACCCAUACAUGGAAUGGGCAGUGACGGUGAGACGGAUGAACAGGCUAAAUGAGCAUUUCUGAGUGGCCCACUGAAAUUCAGUGGCUCCCAUUUCUGGAGAACUCUUCUUUGUCUGGAGAAGGCUAUGUAUAACUCUACCUCCCUUACAAAAUGGGUGCUAACUGAGCUGAGUCUUCCCAGUCAACAAGGCCCCAAUUUUGGCCUCUUACAUUUAGGAGCAACUAAGUACAACAUUCUUUGCUGUCUGCUCUCCACGUAGGCUGCAGUCGUGUGAGUGAGCAACUCCCUCUUUGGGCAACAGAGAUUUAAAAAGAAAACCCACACAGGAUGGGAGAUUUUCUCAUGUUCAAGAUACCACCUCUACUGUGCUUCUGGUGAUGAUCCAUUAGGGUUUUGGAGUAAAUUGGGGAGAGGUCCCAGGAGGUAUAGUGUUCCUGCUGGACCUUGGACAGGGAAAUACAAUAGGCUUGGAAUGGAUUUCCUGCUGAAUAGUCAGAGUCCCUGCUGUGUAGUCAGAGUAUGAGCUGUCGUGACCCUCUUUCCCCCUGCCCCCAAGGCCUUGCACUGUUUCGCCUGGUGCACUCUGUGCUCCAGUAUUGCUUGCCGUGCUGCUUUUUUAAAUUGUCUACUAAUUGUGCAAGAGCUGUGAUCUUUCUUUUUAUAUAUGUACUGUGUGUAUAUUAAUAAUCCUCCACUUAACCUGCCACAGUGCUUUGCAUUAAGCAAAGACCACGUAGGCAAUAGCGUGAUCUUGGUGCUGGGGGCUAGGAAUGCCCGAGUACUGUGAUCGCAAGCCAUUUUGCUUCCCUUGGUCUCUCCCGUAGCCAUCGGUAAAACAGAGGUGACGAGGAGGGCUUGCUGCUGUUCUUAGUAAUGCUUCUGAACAGCUUCUAGUUGCUUUCAUUGUUGAUUCACCAUUCCCUCUUAAUUUUGUAUAUACCUGUGUAAACUUUUCGUUAUAUUUUUAGUUUUGAGGACCCACAAAAAUAAAACUUGGGUUGGAAUCUUCUCCUUCCUUGUAUGAUUUCCUCUCAAUUUAUCCCCUUCCCAAGUCCUCAGCCACUUAAUUCCUCACACUCAAGAGACCUACCAAUUCUUAUUGAUACAGAGCCUUUUUAAAAAAGUCAUUGUCAGGGUUACUUCUACUUGGUUAAAUGCAUGUCAAGUGAACAAAUAACGCAGCCUGCUCUUCUGUCGCAGACCACAGGUUCAUCUAGCUUAAUACUGUGUACUCUGACUGGCAGCAACUCUCCAAGGCCUCACACAUAAGUCUCUUUCAGGCUUUCUUAAUGCCAAGCUAUGGACCCCACCCAGUCAGUGCUGCUUCCCUCAUGUUUGCCUGUGUCCUGAAUAGUUAGCUGCAUGUCAGUUUUUCUUGUCUCUUUCUCUGCAGGCUCAGGCAAAAGAUUUUCUUGGAGGGGGAAGAGUGUGAAACGCAUGCAUGGGCUGUAGAAUCCAGCAUCCUCAUUCAGCUUUACAAUGAGGUUUCUAGUCUUAAUCACUACAAAACAUGUGGUCAGUAGUUGAUAUCUCUGAUGGUAAGGGGAAAGCUGAGCAGCAUUCUCAGAAGCUGGUGGCUCUGCGGCUUCUCUGAAGAGCCACUAUGGUAUAGUGUUCAAGAGUGUUAGACUGGGGCUAGGGAGACCUGGUUUCAAAUCCCCAUUUAGCCAUAAAGCUCACUGGGUGUCUUUGGGCCAGGACCAUAUAUACUGCCCUGAGCUCUUUGUUGAAAGCUCAAGAUAAGAACCAGGCUGACAGCACCCUAUGGGAGGGCAGGAUGUAAACUGGUCAAUAGUUCCCCUUCCCUCUUCGAAGGACUUGAAAAACAAUGAUUUGUGUAAAGUAAGCAAAUAGAUGCUUAAUUUGCAUAGUUGCAGAUUUUGGAUUACUGUACUCUAGCAGUUUCCUUUUUCUAAAGGACAGAAUGAGCUCAACAGAAAAGAGUCUUGUGGCAUCUUGAAGUCUCAGGUUUAUUGAAGUGUAGGAUUUUGUGGACUUAAAGCCCACUUUGUUAGAUGCAUGAAAUGGAUUUUCAGUCAGUAGAAUGCACAGCAGAGGAAAAGAAGAAACAUAAACAGUGAGGUUAAAAGACUGAAAUGUAGUGAUUUGACCAUUCUUCAAAAACUCAAGAGGUAUGCAAGCUAAACACAGUGAUCAUUCGCAAUCACUAUAGUUGGUGAUAAUAGUAACUUGUUACAAUAAUCACAAUCUCCUACAUUUCAUGGGUCUUAUUUUAACCCUUCACUGUAGCAAAAGAUGAAGCCUGUGGGGCUCCCAGCAGUUCUGUUGGCAAGGAAGAAAUAUGUCCACAGGCUUCUUUGCAUCCUGACAAUAAUUUUUGUCAGUGUUACACCUUUUCUGGUGGAUGUCCCAACUUCAGCAUUAGCCCCUGGAGGGAUGCAGGUAUCAUUUGAACAAGGAUCCUGUUCUCUACUUGAGAAGACAGUUGUGUUUCUUCUUCAUUUUCUCACUAGCAUUCAGCUAAGCUAGAGAAAAGGGGAAUAGAGAGUUCUAUGAAGGGAAGAAGUUGCGUGGUAUCAAAGGGAAGGGUGGAGAAAUCGGGGGCAAUGAUAGAAUAAAAGACAUCUGAAAGUGCUUUUUUCCCCCUGCAGUGAAAAUGUCUACAUGUUCCUUAAAUAUUUUCUUUGGUUGGAUUCAGUCAAGUACUGAUUCCAAAGUACUGAAAUCCCAUCCCUGUUUUGCAUAGCACUUAAAAAAUAUAAGCACAUGCUUUAAAAAAAUUAGCACUCUUGUACUGGGGCCUUCAGCGUGAGCUGCUUUGCCACUGAAAGCAAGGUUUUCCUGCCCCCUCUAUUAUUACCCUAAGCAGUGGCCAGUGUUAGCUCCAAACACUCGGAGAGCAAACCAUUUCAUGUUACAUUUCCUGACACAAGAAUGGCUUAUGGGAAUUUUCCUGUGUCAUUAAAUAGCAUAGUGGGGAGUCUCUGAAGGUGAGAGGGAUACUACUGAGAUUCUCAUGUCUUUUGACAGUCAUGUCUGGGAGAUGCUUAUACUCUUUUUAGGAUUAUGACCCUGCAACAGCAGUGGGAAGCUUUCCAAUAUUGGUUGUAUACUCAUGUGGGAAGCAGCCCUCAGUUCUGUAACGGUAGGGCUUUCCCUAUGAGUCAAGCAUAUCUUAUCAUUGCUUAUAUGCUUAUCGAAGGAUUAAAAAGCAGCUAAGCUUAGAAAGCUGUUAUAAGCAUCACACAUAAGCCAGUGGUAGGUUGCCCUCUGGUGUUCAUAGGCGUUGAUUCAUAGUAGGGUAGGUGCCCUUUUAAAUUAGUUGUCUGUGUAGCGGUUUGGAUUCGGCAGGGAAUUUUCAUUUUUAAGACCUGAAAAGCAAAGACUGGAAGAAACCAGUGCAGAUGGUAGAAGAAAAGUGGCAAUUUCUGUAGAUAUUUUCUGAAAUGAAUGCUACAAGGGAAAGUGAUGAAAGAAAGGUGGAAACUUUUAAGAGCAUCACGCUUGCCUCAUGAUGACUGCUGUUACCACCCUGAAGUUAUUAUAUACAUAUAUAGCAGGGUGAAGUUUCUGGUGCUUUUUUUUUUUUUAACAGAUCCUGCAGUUUUAAAACCAAACCCUCUCUGAUGUGCUGCAUCUUUCUGGCCUCUCAGUCAGAUCUCUUUAACAUUUCUCAUCUUUAUGUGAGCAAUUGCAAGGAGGUACAGAUUUGAAGUGUGUGCCUCACUUGCAGUCACCCUUGCACUUGGUCAAUGCCAGACCCCAACUUUGCCAAAGCUGAUGCUGUUGAUGUAUCAUGGAGAAGCAGUAAAUUUGUGGCCUGUGUUAGAUACGAGGGCUUUCAAAGUUGACUGUGGCACUCACUUUAGCCUUACAUAACUACAAAUACUUGAGUGCUCUUAAAUGUAAGCAUGUGUGUUAGCUUUUGCAAAGUUGAGGCCUUGUGCUAAAUUUUGUAAAGUGGUAAGCUGAAGUUGUGUUCUCCCCCUCUGGACACACCGAACCGACUUUUAAAAAUAGCUAAAUAUAUAUCUGGUAACCUUUUUAUUUUGGAGUAAAAUGCAUUUUAUGAAACAAUUGUGCACGAAUGAAGUAUUAUCUAUUAUUUUAUGUCUUGCAAUUCUUCAUUUUUAAAUAUAGUGUUUUGCGUUUGCUUUGUUGCUUUUAAAAAUCCAGUUCUCCGCUGGCUAAACAGUCUAGAAUGGAGGGGGGGAGUGGGAAGCUCAGCGGUGUGGGUGAUUGAAUCGCCCCUCCUGUUGGCAUUUCCAGUGGAAAAGUGGCUUGCUCCAGGUUUUGCGGGGGUUGUGCUAAUUACUCUCGUAUUCUUGUACAUUUUGUUUUUUCUGCUGCUCUUGAUUAUUGUAUCAAUGCCAGAAAUGGGGAGUUAAAAAGAUGAACCCCAAUAAAAAUGUUACAUUCCAAAGUUUCUUGA